CACACAUCAUUCACAGAGUCUUCACGGAAGACUUUUUUUUAUUUCCAGAGAUCUUUUAGAAAAGAGAAGAGUGUGAAAGAGAGUCAACCCCCAAAACCUUUUCCCUGAGCUUUUUUGGUUUCAUGUAUAUGUAAGGCUUCGAUGUGUCCACAUGUUAUCCCUUCCCCCAUAUCUUCUUCUUCUUCUUCCUUCUUCAACCUUUUUCUUUCUUUCUGCAUUUCUUCCCCAUUUUUUUAAUGGAUUGAUGAGUAAAGAGAGCUCGAUUUUUACAGUGAGGAGAGAAAUUUACAGAAAUUAAAGAAAAGUUUGAGAGGUAGCUGAGACAUUUGGAUUUGUCCUCGUGUCUCCUCUCCCUCUCUAUAUUUUUCUCCCCAUUAAUUCUUUUUUUUUCUUCCAGAGAUUAUAUUAUUUUGAAGAGAGGAAAAAGAAAGAUUUCUUUUUCAUAAAGUAGAGAGAUAAAGAUUUGAUCUUUGAGCGGAAAUUAUUAAUUUACUCACUCGAAGAGUCAAAGGGUAAACGAAAAAGAGAGAGAUAUAGAGGUUGUUUUGAUGAAUUUCGGAGGGUUCCUUGAUAAUAGCUUCGCCGGUGGGUUCGGCGGCGGCGGCGGUGGCGGAGGGUCUUUGGACGGUGGCCCGAUGGGUCAUUCUUGCCUUGUACCUCAGUCUCUUGCAAAGUCCAUGUUCAACACCUCUGGCCUCUCUCUCGGCCUUCAAACGGAAAUCGAGGGUCAAGGAGAGGUGUCGAGGAUUGGGGAGAGCAACAAUGACGGCGGAAGCGCCGGCGCCGGCGGUCACAACAGUCUUGGGAGAAGAAGCAGAGAAGAAGAGCCGGAGAGCAGAUCUGGCAGUGACAACUUGGAAGGUGGCUCCGGCGACGAUCAAGACGCCGCCGACGACAAGCCUCCGAGGAAAAAAAGAUACCACCGACACACUCCUCAGCAAAUUCAAGAACUUGAAGCUUUGUUCAAGGAGUGUCCUCAUCCAGAUGAGAAACAAAGGCUGGAGCUAAGCAAAAGGCUUUCUUUGGACAUCAGGCAGGUUAAAUUUUGGUUCCAAAAUCGCAGAACUCAAAUGAAGACUCAACUAGAACGCCACGAGAACGCGUUGCUCAGACAAGAGAACGACAAGCUGAGGGCGGAGAACAUGGCGAUUCGAGAGGCGUUGAGGAACCCGAUUUGCAAUAACUGUGGGGCCCCGGCGAUGAUCGGAGAAAUCUCCAUGGAAGAGCAACACCUUCGGAUCGAAAAUGUCCGACUAAAGGACGAGCUCGACCGCGUCUGUGCCCUCGCGGGGAAGUUCCUAGGCCGUCCCAUUUCGUCGUUGAACUCUUCCAUGGGACCCCCUCAAAUGUUGCCGAGCUCCAGCCUGGAGCUCGGAGUGGGGAGCAACAACGGCUUCGGAGAGAUGGGCGCGGUCCCCACCGCGCCCGACUUCGGGCCCACAAUACCUCCGCCCAUGUCGCAGCCGAACAGGCACGGCAACGGCGGCGGGGUGGUGGGGAUCGAGAAGUCGUUGGAGCGGUCCAUGUACUUGGAGCUCGCGUUGAGUGCCAUGGAUGAGUUGGUCAAGCUGGCUCAAGUGGAUGAGCCAUUGUGGGUGAGGAGCUUUGAAGAAGGGAGAAUGGUCCUUAACCAAGAAGAAUAUGUGAAGACCUUUAGCCCUUGCAUUGGGUUGAGACCUAAUGGUUUUGUGUCUGAGGCUUCUAGGGAAACUGGGAUGGUGAUUAUGGACAGUUUGGCUAUUGUUGAUACACUCAUGGAUUCUGUCAAGUGGGGUGAAAUGUUCCCAUGUCUUGUGGCUAGAACUACAACAACAGAUGUGAUUUCAAAUGGCAUGGGUGGAACUAGGAAUGGUGCACUUCAUCUGAUGCAUGCGGAGCUCCAAGUAUUGACGCCGUUAGUUCCGGUGAGGGAGGUGAGUUUUCUCCGGUUCUGUAAGCAGCAUGCCGACGGGGUGUGGGCCGUGGUGGACGUGUCGAUAGACACCAUCCGUGAAACUUGCAGCUCGCCGGUGUUUCCCGCCUGCAGGAGGCUCCCUUCUGGCUGUGUUGUGCAAGAUAUGCCCAAUGGCUACUCCAAAGUGACAUGGGUUGAACAUGCAGAAUAUGACGAGAGUUCAGUUCACCAGCUCUACCGUCCCAUGGUCGGCGCCGGGAUGGGCUUCGGCGCCCCGCGGUGGCUCGCGACUCUCCAACGACAAUGCGAGUGCCUCGCCAUCCUCAUGUCCUCCUCCCUCCCCACUAGGGACCACACGGGGAUCACUCCGAGCGGGCGGAGGAGCAUGCUGAAGCUAGCGCAACGGAUGACGAAUAACUUUUGCGCGGGUGUGUGCGCGUCCACGGUCCACAAGUGGAAGAAGCUUUGCGCGGGGAACGUGGACGAAGACGUUAGGGUUAUGACGAGGAAGAGCAUGGACGACCCCGGGGAGCCGCACGGUAUCGUUCUGAGCGCCGCGACCUCGGUGUGGCUCCCGAUAUCCCCGGGACGCCUCUUCAAUUUCCUGCGCGACGAGCGGAUGAGGAGCGAGUGGGACAUCCUCUCCAAUGGCGGUCCCAUGCAGGAGAUGGCCCACAUUGCCAAGGGACAAGAUCACGGCAACUCCGUCUCCCUCCUCCGUGCCGGUGCAAUAAACUCGAACCAGAGUAGCAUGUUGAUACUCCAAGAAACAUGCAUAGACUCUUCCGGGUCGCUCGUCGUCUACGCUCCGGUCGACAUUCCGGCGAUGCAUGUGGUGAUGAACGGCGGAGAUUCUGCCUACGUGGCAUUGCUGCCGUCGGGAUUCGCCAUCGUCCCGGACGGGCCCGGCGGCCGUGGUGGUUACCCGGAGUCCGCCGCUGCGAACGGUGGUUCUGACCAUAGAGCCGCCGGCGGGGGGUCGCUCUUGACGGUGGCGUUUCAGAUUCUGGUGAACAGCCUCCCGACGGCGAAGCUGACGGUGGAAUCCGUCGAGACGGUCAACAGUCUCAUUUCCUGCACCGUCCAAAAGAUCAAAGCCGCCCUUCACCGGGAGUGUUGACCGGGCGGACGGGGAGGGGCCCACGUGAGUCCUCACGUGGAAAUAAUCCCAACCCUUUCGUCUUUUUUCCAAUUUUUUUCGUCUAACUAGGGUCGUGUUUGGUUGGCAUUGGUUAUUAACGCGUAUGAUUUAUUCAUGUAGUGUGGUUUCUAGGGAACGAGUCAAGAACGAACCAAACAAACCCUUUGCGUGGCGGCACAGCCCCUCGCCGGCCGCCCUGCAACCGGGGUGUGGUUCGGGUAUUGACUCGGAGAGCGUCCGUGUGGCUCAACAUUAAUUGAGUCGUUAUUAAUUAAUUGAUAAGUGUGAGGGGAAGAGUGUCUUUAAAUUGGUCUUUUUCUAAUUAAAUUUCUGUAACUUCUCUUGGAUGUAUUUGGAAAAAACUAUAUAUAUGGAAUGAUAAUUGUUAUAAAUCUGUAUUGAUUAU